GAACAGUUGUGUUGGGGUUAUCAGAGGUCACAGAUUGGGACAUAGGUAUGGAAAGAUUUAGCAUUCUCUUUGUCUCUGUCUGUCUCUCUCCCUUCCUCUCUCCCUGGCCCUUCUCUCCCUGUCCCUCUCUCUUCUCUCCCUCUCCCUUCUCUCUCCUUUCUCUCACCUCUCUCUGCCUGUAUUAAAAUCACCUGUUCCCAAAAGUUCACUUGGCUGUGUGGGGCCAAUUUUCUGAAUCUGGCUAUGCAGAUUAUGCAAAGAUGCACCUGGUCAAGCAGAAGGUACUUGAGAUAUGUUCUGUAAUCAAUGCUAGGGUCCUGAAGUGGUCUCCCUUUGUAACCUGACUCCUAUAGUGGCUAGAGAGGCUGGCCCUGGCACCCCCUGGUUGUUUAGAGACCCCAUCUGUGUCCUUCAGUUUAGUCGUAAAACUGCCUUCUGCUUGGGGUUGUUCUAUGUCCACGUAGGAUAUGGAAGUCCAGCCAGGUGCAACACAGAGCCUCAGAGUGAUGACAAGGGUGGAGGGGUGUCAUGAGCCUUGAGAAGCUUUUCCAAACUGUGGUAUAAUCCUGUGUCCCCAAGUUGGUCACCAGUGAUAGAGCAUAUGACCCCUCUCACCCUAGUUAAUAAGAAGGCAUUUAUCUCCUCUUACCAUAACCAGAAAGGGACCUAGCCACUUCCUCCCUCUCUUCCCUAGGAGCCUCCGGUCGGUAUCAGGUGCAGUAAUGGUUAUGACCACAAGGUGGCAGCAGAGUCUAAUUCAUGAGGCAGGCUCCUGAGGGAGAGCAGGAAAGCUGCUUGGAGAGUUGAGAAGGUGCAUUUUGAACCAUCCCAGUAGUCCUGCAGAGUUUUUCCCUGUACACUUAGAUGAGAUAUAUACUUUUGAGAGGAAGUAAAUUGAUCACCCUCCAGCCCCCCAUUUUUUCUCCCGUUAUAUUAAAGACAUAUAUCUAUAUAGAUAUAUGUAUAUAUCUAUAUCUACAGGGUAACCAAUCUCUGUGGUGGUAGACCGUGAUCACGUGACUGAGUCAGGCCUUCUCAUGGACUCCGUGGUGAUACCUCUUUCAUUAAUGAGCUUUUUGGAGAAAACACAGAGGUUGCUUUUCCUUCUACAAAAGUAAGAGGCAUGAAGCACUGGUGAUGAACCUGGAAGGCGUGUGUGGCAUACUUCUUCCACGUUCUUACCAAUAGAGUCUACUGGUCUCUCCUGCUGAGAACCUGACAGCCUGACUGCUUGAAGAAAUCCCCAUGAUCAGGAAAGAAACAUAGUAAAGUUUGGAGGGGACAGGCAGCUGGGCCUCAGAUGGGGUCAGAGAUCAAGGAUGUUCACAAGAAAUGGAAUUUUAAAAAAUUCUAGAGUUCAGAGUUAUCCAGACAGAAUGCUCAGGUCUAAUAAUAUUGGAGAAAUAACAACACAAUAUUAACAUGCAGAAAGCCCCAAACUUUUGAGCAAAACCCAAAAGGAUAAAACCAUUUGUAAGUAGUUUAACUAAAACUCAAAUAAAAUAUGUUUAGACGAAAAAAAAAAACCAUUUAUAGUUAAAAGGCUAACCUAGACAGUAUUUACUUUAAACUUCCAAACAAAACAAAUCAAAACAUCUGUGAGAAACAUGAGCCAAAAUAAAAAGAAAAAUUGAGUCCUAGAAACAGACUGAAAAUAACAUUGGGAAACAAAUACAUCCAUGUAAAGAAAAGUGUGGAAAUAGUAUCUUGUAUUUCAAAAACCAAAAUAAAGUUUUGAGCCUUUUAGAGUGAUGCCCCUGCUGCUUCUGACGUUUGUUACCCAGGCACAUUUAUAGACAUUCCUUUUGACCCUAUUUAACCUCAACCUCAGCUAACACAUUCGGACUCAACCCUGCCACACCCAGUGAUUGUUACCUAACUCCAGUUGUCUGGGUAACCACUAUGGUUGGGAGCAUGAGGAGGCUCUUGGUCCUCUGUCAGUAUUUUCUAGACCAGGCAGUAGCCACAGCAGAGGGAUUUAGCUCCACCUAGGAUGUUAUCUCAGACCUGGGGCAUGAGGCUAGUGGAAAGAUCUGUGGUCCCCAGGGUCUUCCUCUUGCUGUUUGCACUCUGGCUGCUCCUUGUGAUUCCAGUCCGGUGUUCUCAAGGCCAUCCCACUUGGCGUUACAUCUCAUCGGAGGUGGUUAUUCCUCGGAAGGAGAUCUACCAUAGCAAAGGAAUUCAAGCACAAAGACUGCUCUCGUAUAGCUUGCGUUUUAGGGGCCAGAGACAUAUCAUCCACUUGCGAAGAAAGACACUUAUUUGGCCCAGACACUUGUUGCUGACAACUCAGGAUGACCAAGGAGCCUUACAGAUGGAUUAUCCUUUUUUCCCUGUAGAUUGUUACUAUAUUGGCUACCUGGAGGGGAACCCUCAAUCCAUGGUCACUCUGAAUACUUGUUAUGGGGGCCUGUCAGGGGUCAUGAAGCUGGAUGACCUUACCUAUGAAAUCAAGCCACUCAAUGAUUCACAGAGUUUUGAACAUCUUGUUUCUCAGGUAGUAUCUGAGUCUGAUGACACAGGGCCUUUGAAUGGAUGGAAGCACUGGAGCCAAAAUACAGGUCCUCCCUUCUCCAGAUCAGAAUAUGCUGAUGGAGCUCCCCGAAUAUCUACUAAGAACUACGCUACACAUCCAGCUGCUAUAAAAGGCCAUUUUCAAGCAACCCAUAGUAUAUAUUCUGCUGCUCAGGGUGAUAAACAAGAAGCAACGGUUGGUUAUUUGUUUCAACUCAUUAGUUUAAUGGACACCUUUCUUACGAGUCUUCAUAUGCGGUACUAUGUCUUUCUCAUGACUGUGUAUACUAAUCAUGAUCCAUUUAGAAGUGACUUUACUGUACCAGGAGGGGAUGCUCAUAAUUACUACAAGUCAGUGUUUUAUAAUAAGUUUAGGCCUGAUGCAGGAACCUUAAUUAAUAAGAAUUCACCAGGAGAUAAUGACGUUAAUCCAGCUGAAAAGAGUAUAUGUUCUGCUUCAGCAUUUAUUUGUAUUGGUGAACAUGAACGACAUUCUAUAGAAGUUUCUGUUGUACUAACCAAUCGUGUUGGAAGGGCUUUGGGCCUAAAUUUUGAUAAUGAGAAGGAGUGUGUCUGCCAGAGAAGGAACACCUGCAUUAUGUUCAAGUCACCUGCAAUAACAGAUGUUUUCAGCAAUUGUUCUCUUGGGGAGGUAAGCGAUAUACUUAAUACCCCUAAUACGAUGCCAUGUCUUUUCCACGACCGUCAUGUUUAUCAUAAUACAUCAUAUACUUAUAAGUUUUGUGGAAACUUCAAAAUAGAAGAAAAUGAGCAGUGUGACUGUGGAUCAUAUAAGGCGUGUUAUGUAGAUCCCUGUUGUGGAAGUGAUUGCAGGUUAACACCUGGUAGCAUUUGUGAUAAAGAAUUAUGCUGUGCAAACUGCACCUUCAGUCCUUCUGGGGUACUCUGCAGACCUAUCCAGAACAUAUGUGAUCUUCCAGAGUAUUGUGGUGGGAAAAGUUUCGUUUGCCCAGGUGACACUUAUCUGCAAGAUGGAACACCGUGCUCAGAAGAGGGGUACUGCUAUAAAGGUAACUGCACUGACCGCAAUGUACAGUGCAAAGAAAUCUUUGGUGUAAGUGCUACGAAUGCUAAUAUUAAGUGCUAUGACCUCAACAAACAACAGUUUCGAUUUGGGCAUUGUACUAGAGCAGAAGAAAGCCUCACAUUCAAUCCUUGCUCUGAUAACGAUAAGGUGUGUGGAAGAUUGCAGUGUACCAAUGUCACGAAUCUUCCAUUCUUGCAAGAACAUGUUUCAUUCCAUCAAUCUCUUGUCUCUGGAUUUACAUGCUUUGGGCUUGAUGAACAUCGUGGGACAGAAACAACAGAUGCUGGAAUGGUAAAAAUGGGUACCCUGUGCUCCCAAAAUAAGUUUUGUAAUCGAGGAGCUUGCAGUGGAAGUUUAUCUCAGUUGCAUUAUGACUGCAGCCCAGAAAAAUGCAAUUUUAGAGGAGUGUGCAAUAAUAAUCGGAAUUGCCAUUGUCAUCUAGGUUGGAAACCUCCAAGGUGCAAACUCGAGGGACCUAGUGGGAGCACAGACAGUGGGUCCCCUCCAGUUCAAAGGCGCAUAAUAAAACAGAACCAAGAACCAGUGGUAUAUUUAAGAAUGGUCUUUGGUCGUAUUUACCUCUUCAUUGUUGCACUGCUCUUUGGCGUGGCCACUCGUGUAGGAAUUAUUAAAAUUUUUAGGUUUGAAGACUUGCAAGCUGCUUUACGUUCUGCACAAGAAGGAGCAACCAACAAGCCAACUUAAAAUGAGUUAACCCUCUCGCCCCUGUAAGAUAAUGAGAAUGCAAAAAAGAAAGUCUGAAUGUCAGUAGCGGACAGUUAUAUCAUGGGGACAAAAGCUGUGUUGGAUUCAGAUAUCACCUGUUGUUGGUGGAUUGCUGAUGCUCACACUGGAAUAAAUCUUUUGAAACUGCAA